GCUAGGAAGGCGCACACGGCAAUCGCCGUCCGUUCAGUGCGUUCGUGUUGUAGACUGCGCAUUAUAAUGCAAUCAUUGCUUUCGUCCGCGCUUCAGUAAACUGUAGUCACGUUUAUACAUAUUGUAGUGAAGCUGUGAGUAGCCGUGUGGGCCUAGCCGGUGGCAGAGCGCGCUCCCAGUAUCGAUCGCAUCCCGUCCCGCAUGACUGUUUGAAUGUUUAUAAACAGCCGGUCGCAUCUACUUCAACUCCCUAUUUUUUGAUAUGUUCGUUUGGCUGAGGACGGUCCGGACGGUGGAUAGAGACUGAUAUCUACACCUGCAAGCUGAUAGAAUUGAAUCCAGUGCACGUAUGAUGCAUCUACGAUCGAUUGAUUUAUUGAUACGAGUUCGGGAAAGUACACUAUUUUGAUGCUUCAUCGGGAAUCAUCAUUGUAGACUGCUAACUUUACAAGGUCAGAUACCAGUUCCAAUUGAACAUAAUAAAGUGCAAGUUAUGGACGAUAUGGGAGAAUAUUUUGACCAUAGAGAGAAAUAGCUUUGUGGGGCCUAGAUAUGUUGUCGUAUAUGGUGCCUGUGGAUGAGAAGCCUCCGCCAGUGCCUGGCAAGGGCCGAAUGGCGUUGGAGUUGGCCGGGAGCCCAGGAAGCCCAGAGUCUACAGCAAAAAAGCGAACAAACAUUUCGAAGGAAUCGUCUUCGAGCUCGUUCACAAGUGACCUCACAGUGUCCUCGUCUACUCCCUCGGGAGUACUGGACAAACCUAAACAUAAACUACUGAAUAAUGGCAGUAAACACACAUCUUUAAAGAGGGUUUCCUUCGGCAGCUCAAAAGGAUCGAUGGUUGAGACUCUCAUCUAUGAAAGCCCUCUGCAGGAGGAACCAGAGAACUCCCCUCCACCAAAUCUACAAGAGACCACGUUCCUAUACACGCCCGUCGAAGACGAUUCGGAGCGUUCGAAGGUUCGUGUGUCUUUCUAUCAAGGAGCGAGGCCACAGUGUCUUUCUCCACCACCGGCACAGGAGUCGCACGUACUCUACGCGACUUUACUUUCGGCCGCAGCCAACGCAGACAUGGCAGAACACGUUAUGUACAAUAGGCAGAUAAGCACGGAGAGUGGCUGGGAUAACCCCUUCAGGCCCGACGGAGACCUGAGCCGGGAGGCAGAUGAAAUUGUCUCUCUGAUCAAGGGCGGUAAACCUAUAACUCCAACGGCAAAUGCUGGUGUCCCGCUACUUUCUACUGAAGAGGAUGAGGAAGUAACAAGCCCUGAUAACGCAAUUGUCAGCCCGCCAAUAUCACCGGAAAUGAAAAUGUCGAGUCCUGUCCAACAAAGCACUCCGAAAGGGAUGAAUGGUACCAAAAACGGUACAGCCGUUACUGAGAUACGAUCCGGCCAAGUGGAAGUUCAACGUGCACCACCGCAGGAGCCAAUGCAACCCGAACAUGUGACGAUUAAGCCCAAGUGUAAAAAGUGUAAAUGCUGUGUUGUCCAAUAAGCUUUCACCGAUAAACAAUGGUAAAUUAUCCUAAUUUAACUUUCCUCCUUUAUUUAUUUUUCGUAUUAUGCAUGUUAUUGUACCAAUUUAUAUCUAAAAAUCUAUUGAGAGUCUAAGGACUGGAAUAGGCUUGUUUAGAUUAGGAUAGUUAAACCAUUCGUGUAACACUCAGCUUAUGUCUACCGUUAAUCCUUCGGUGUUUACUUGGUGCCUAUUAAUCCUGUCAGUUGCCCUUUUAAUGUGUUCAUUGUACUCAAGUCGUCAAUACACAGCAACUUUCCCUAAUAUUUUUGUAUUCAACUACUAUAUAGACUUGAUAGCGUACAAAGUUAUUAUAACUGGUCUGGUUCAACAUGAUUUUUGUCUGAGAUGCGAUAGGUUUAUUGACAUAUAUUAUUCCCUAGAGAUAUACGCUGUCCCGAGUUUCUAGAAUACGAUGAGAGCUGUUUUAUUCAGAUUUGGUGGAAAGCAUAUGUUUAUAGGAACAUGUUUUUGGUGCAUUUUAAUUUUAAAUACCAGACACGUUAAUUUUUUUUUUGUUUGAGUUGUGAUUAUCAUUUUGUAAUUUAGAUUAUGGCUGUCUAUUUAUUACUAAAUUAUCGAAAAUAUUUUAGGACUUAAACUAAUAUUUGUACCUCUAAUCUAUGUUAACGUUUGUGAAGAAUCUCAACAAAACUAUAUAUCCAGAGUAAAAUAAAGUGUUAUAAAGAAAAUCUAAUACAGGGUCAUUUAACCUGGGCACAGAUGGUUAAAUUUAAGAUGCAAUCAAAGCCAAUAAUAAUCAGCAAUAUAAAAAUUUCUAAAUAAAUGCAACAUGUAUCACACUACUGUGUGCAUAUUAUCCACCAAUGCCUAGUUCAAAAACCCUGAUUUUAAUCUACAUUUAAAAAAAAACCUCUAUCAUUUGGUAUAUUGUGAGACGUUUAUCGUGAUUUCAACAUAUUAUUUUAAAACUGUUAAUAAGUUCUGUGUUGAAUAAUGUUUACAUAAUUUUAAUGUAUAUUUUUAUAUGUUUAUUAAAAUGAAGUAUUAACAGUAAAAUAGUAUGAUUACAUAGUAUUGGGAUAAUAUCAGUGACUGUACUAGAAUAAUUAAUUUACUGUCAUUCAGCUAUUCCCUUCCACCGCUAUAAGGAUUGUAAAGUUAAGGGAUGGGAUUGUGAUGUGGAACAGAAAAGGCACAGGUGAUGAAAGACUGUUUAAGCAUAUGAGGGGUUUAUAGCGCGUGGAGUAUGCUUAUGAUAGUAUGUAACGCUAUAGUCAUAGACAUCACAACAUUUAGACUCGGUUAUGUAAUUCACGCUUGCGUCCAGUAGUACUAUUAUUCCUCUUGAUGUCUAGAUUAGAAUAUUAAUUAUUUAAUUUAAGUGGCAAAGUAACGGUAUUAUGAACAUCCACAGAUAACAAGAAGUUAAGUCCACUUUUUAUACUUUAUUAUUUAAUUUUAGGCUAUUAAAAUGCCACCGUUCAUUUUAUUGUGCAAUUGAGAAUGGUACUAAUUAAAAAACUACAGAAAGGUUAGUUGCAUAAAUGGCAUCAUAUUUCUCUUUUUCAAAGUGAAUGCACAUGCAUUGACCUUUACGAAGUUUAUCUUAAUCUAUCUACAUAUAUCUAUAAUCUUACGAAUUUUUAUCCUUGUAUCAAAAAUUAAGAUAAUACCGAAGCUUUGCUGCCAGGACUGCGAGUUUGAUUAUAUAUUUUUCAAUCAAAUCGAAUAAUUCAAUAGUGCUAUAGUAGUGUUACUUGACAUCUAGAGGGCGUGAUAUGAUGAGGUUUGCAAGUUUUGAGAUUAGUUUCCCUCGAACGGAAUAGUUCCCUUAAGUAGAUAGGUAAAUAGAAAGCUAAAUUAAGAUAUAAUUAUUCAGGUUAUUUGUUAUUGAUGGUUAUUUAAAAAUAAAUUAUUAUUAUUUUAUCAAUAGGUUUUGUUUUUAGAUUUAAGCGGCAUUACACAGUUUAAGAAUUUUUCGGUACUGAUUAGAUCAUUUUAACAGCCAUUUGAGGAGUAAUUGUGAUGUGUGGUAUUUUGUUUGUGAGAAAUGGUCCAGCAAUGAUUGUUGCUAUGUGCUUUAUAACAAGCACAGGCGAUUACACUUUUGGCUAAUAAUUCAAUGGUACUAGCUUAGCAUUAAAAGUCAACUUGUUCAAGCUCUGGUCAUUGUAACAUCACUGUUAGAUAUAAGAAAAUAUUUCCCAAUAUUGGCUUCAUAUCUUUUUUUUUUCUUUUUUUUUCCUACUUGGCCUACCCCCCGGACGAGGUCAUCUCCGGGCCGUGGAAUAUCUGAUAAAGUUUGAUUUUUGGAAGAAAUAAAACUAUUUGUUUAUUUUUAUUUUCAGAAUUAUACAAGAAUACACUAUACCAUUUUUAAUUAUUGUUUGGAGACAAUAUUCACAACUAAAUUUUAAUGGUUUCUAUUAAUAACUAUGCUCCCUAUUUCUAUGAAAUAUUUAACUAAAAUAUUUCUUUUAUCUCUUUUUGCUAAUUCCAAAGCUAUAUUCGACCUUUCGAGUUUUCCCACAUCAAUCUGUUUUUCCAAUUUAAUUCUUUUAUACAGGUGGACAGGGCAGUCGAAAAGGAUAUGCGGGACGUCUUCUACCGCAUGUCCACAAACACACUGUGCGCUCUCCUUCAGCUUGAACCUGUGCAAGUAGGCGGAAAAGCCUCCGUGUCCCGUGAGCACUUGUGUCAACGGGCUGCUGAAUUGUAAGUUUCGGAUGAUCUUGUAUGCAGCGAUGGCAUCCGGGAGGAACAUCUUUAUUAUUUUACCCGUGGGUUCAUUUUUAUAUCUUGUUGCCCACUUUUGCAGUGUUUCCGCCCUUAUGAGGCGUUUUACGUGCGACAGCGGGCAGCGAUCGUAGGUCGGCUUGUUUUUGUGGCUUUUUGUCGCUUCCUUCGCCAGCUCGUCGGCUCUCUCAUUUCCCUCCCUGCCCGCGUGGGCUUUAACCCAGAAAAGUUUGAUUUCCUUUCCGGGGUGGUCUCCGAGCACUUCGCGGAUUUCAGUGACGAGGAGAUUGAGAGAGCGACUGCUUGAUACGGCGUCGAGCGCUGAUCUCGAGUCGCUAUAUAUGUUGAAGCAAACCUCCUUUCGCCGCACCGCCAAGUGCUUUAUUUAAGGCUAGCAAUUCAGCUUGGUAAACACUGCAGAAGCCGGCCAGGGUUAGUUUACAUUUUAAAAUUUCGCGGUUGUUCCUCCAGAAUGUCACCGCUGCACCCACACCUUCGUUGGUUUUGCUACCGUCCGUGUAAAUUUUGAUUUCGUUUCCGUUUGUUACGUCUUCUUCUUCUGCUAAGAUUCGGUAGCAAAUUUUUGGGACUUUUGAAGGGUGAGGGGUGUUUUGCCCUCUAUCUCCGCGUCUUUCAGCGCUUCCAGAUUAUAAUGCCCUCUUUUGAUCUUAAAAAGUACUGCCUCCUCUUCCGCUCUCAGGUCGAGAGGCAGCAGCCCGGAGAGCACUCUCACUGAGUUCAGCGAGGCGGUUUUAUGUGCUUUACAAAUUUUCGCUGCAAAGCCUCGCUGGAUGGUAUCCAGCCUUUUUCUUAUAUACAGUUUACUUGUAGAGGAGAAGAGAAGGAGCUGGCUGCGUAGAGAAUUGUAGGUUCUAUUACCGCUGUGUAUAUCGUGUGUAUGAUAUUCGGGUUUGCGACUUUUGCGAUCUGCUUAUACAGGUUUAUUGCUUUCUUUGCCACCGCUGCUGUAUGCUCGUUGAAGGUCAGCUUGUUGUCCAUGGUGAGUCCCAAAAUUUUUAUGCUUUUUGAAGUCUCGAUGUCUACGCCGGCCAUGGUAAGUCUCGGAAUGUCGUACUUUUUCCGAUUUGUUAUUACCAUUGCCUUGGUUUUGUUUGGCGCGAAUUUGAGUUUGUUGCGCUGCCCCCACCUCUGGAUUUGUGUUAGUGCUUGUUUGGCGCUUCUUUCUGUUUCCAGUGCGCUGUCAUUCGUGAAGACCAACACAAUGUCAUCGGCGAAGGCCUGAACGUAGACGUUUUGGGUCUCUAACUCUUUUAGGAGGGGGUCCACUAGUAGAUUCCUGAGUGUCGGUCCGCUUAUGGAGCCCUGCACGCAUCCUUUGGUCGUGGUUUUCUCGUGGGCGGCUCCUCCGUAUAGCACUCGGAUUUUACGAUCUUUCAGAUAGCUGUUCAUAACCCUCCUAACACCUGGGGGGCAGCCUUCUUCGGCCAGUCUUGUUUUAAUUGCCGGCCACCAGGCGUUAUCAAACGCACCUUCGAUGUCAAGGGUGACCAAUGUGACGACUUUUUUCUCCUUCAGACCUUCCCUUAUGUGGCUCACCAGGGUGCAUAGUGCGUCCUCCGUGCCUUUUUGCGGGACGAAGCCGUACUGUCUUCCCGACAUCGUCGGUAUCAAGUGCCAAUUUAGCCUUUUGACUAUCAUUUUUUCUGUUAUCUUUCCGAAUUGGCUUCAUAUCAAAACUAGAUCACUUGGUUAAGCUUAUCGCUAUACAAUAAAUUACUGAAUUAAAUCUCACUCACGGCUAUUAAAUGAUUCGCCCAUUAUAUAAAUACAAUUCUUUCUUGACUUGUUUUUGUAAGUUUCAUGUAGGUGCAUUCUUUACUGCACAAAUUUAUUAUAAUAAAAUUGGGCUAUAUUUUAAAUCAGAUAUUUUAUAAUGCAAUAUAACAUGAUAAUUAUGUGUUUGUAAGGUUUCCCGACUGCCAGAUAAGGAACUCUAUCAAUGGCAGACGUACAAGACAACAGUUUUGUUGUUAACUUGAACCCAAUAUGUUCCUUAAUAAAGUUUUUUAUUUGCAUGUAAAAUACUGUCAUUAAGGUUCUAUAUUUUUUAAAUAAUUUGCUUCCAGUGGGUUUCUUUGGAUGUUAAGUGUCUCAUUUCAGUGAUAAGAAUAUUAUUGUUUCCAAUAUUUAAUAAUAGCCAUAUGUAUGAAAAAUAUUUCUAUUGUCUAUCGAUGAAUAUGUACAAAUUGGUUUUAAUUUUUAUUUAUAUUAAAUCAUUAAAGUCGU